GAAUCUUAACGUGUAUUUUGAGUUUUGUAUCUCUUAGUUCCGAUGUUGUUCUUAUGCAAGUAGGAAGUAUAUUAUGAUUCUCAUAGUUAAUCAUAUCGUUGGUGCUUAAAUUAACCUUGAAGCUAGAAUUAAGUUUGAGAGAACAGUUGAAAUGAAUGCAGAGUCUCACAAAUUAUCAAAUACCGUGGGUUUUCAGGACUCGAACAUUUUUAACGGUUCUAGAAAUACUAAAAUUGUGUCAGCUACAACAUUUGUUUCAUCACUCAAACCCGAAAAUGUCACAAAAUGCUUUAGUCAUGUCUUAGGUCCAGCUUCUCCUGUAGCAUCAUCAGGAGGAACCUUGGUUACAGAUCGUUCUGGUCACGUAUUAGGUCCAGCGCCCCGUGACCAGACCCAGAGAGCAUGUCUCCUGUGGGCCUGUAAGGCUUGUCAGAGAAAGAACUCAACGAUCAACCGACGGAAGGCCGCGACUUUGCGAGAAAGACGAAGACUCCGGAAAGUGAACGAAGCAUUCGAGAUGUUAAAGAAGCGGACGUGCCUGAACCCAAACCAGAAACUUCCUAAAGUAGAAAUACUCCGCAAUGCGAUUGUUUACAUUGAAAGCCUUAAAUGGCUUCUUCAGAGUGAGCACAGCUCUUGGGACAGAUGUAAUUCCUUGUGUACCAGAUGUGACCCCGAAUCUGAAGGUGAACCAAAAACCGAUAAUUUUGACAUCAAUACCUACUACUUUCUUCAAGGUAACAAGUCUCAAGCUGUUAAAGGUUUUGACGAACAAGUGACGCCCGUAUCCAGUCUUGAAUACCUGUCAUACAUCGUAGAGAGAAUUUCUCCCACUUGUACUUCGCAUCGAUUACUAAACUCGCUGUCGAAAGCUGAACAGCCUGACAAACCAAAAGAGUAAAAAAUUAAAAUCUUUACCGUUAUUUAACUGUAUACAAUAACUCAAAGAUUAUGCAUUCAAAAUGGGUUUACUUCGAACCUAGAUGAUAACCUGAUAUCGACAGAUCAUUUGAUAAUUAAAUAACUGUUAAUUGAAAAUAAACUUUAAAUCAGCUUAAUAAGAAUAUUUUAUAUUCAAAAUGCGUUUUAUAACUUCAUAAAUAAGUGUGUUGGAUACUAUUACCUGAGAAACGCAAUUAAUAGGACAAAAUCCUACAGUAGUCAUUAAUUUCUUCAUUAAUAGGAGAGGGGUUAAAAAUUCACAGAAAUUAAUAAUUCACUGUAUACAGUGUUAAGCAAAA